CCGGGAGCCACGUCUUCCCUGGCCUGGCGCUGGGCUGCGAUUGGCGUCUGGGGGUGAUCCGGGGGCUGCCGGGAAGAUGGCGGACUCGGUGGCCCGCCGAUGAGGAGGCCGCGGGGGGAGCCCGGCUCCCGGGCCCCGAAACCAACUGAGAGAGUGACCUACUCGGGGCCCGGGGAGUCAUGGUCUCCGUCACCCAACUCCAUGCUUCGAAUCCUGCUCUCUGCCCAGACCUCCCCUGCUCGGCUGUCUGGUCUGCUGCUCAUCCCGCCAGUACAGUCCUGUUAUUUGGGACCCAACAAGUCGGGGGACCGGCCUUUUGGAGGAGGCCCUGUACAAGGCCUUCAACGGCUUCUGGAACAGGCACGGAGCCCCGGGGAGCUGCUGCGAUGGCUGAGCCAGAACCCCACCAAGGUGCGAGCUCAUCACUACCCUGUGGCACUUCGUCGCCUGGGCCAGCUCUUGUUGUCUCAGCCUAGGCCCUCUCCUGUGGAGCAGGCCACACUGCAGGACUUGGGUCAGCUCAUCAUCCGAAACUGCCCCUCCUUUGAUGUUCACACCAUCCGUGUGUGUCUACACCUUGCAGUCUUACUUGGCUUUCCAUCCGAUAGCCCACUCCUGCGUGCCCUGGAGCAGGAGCGAAGGUCCCGUCUCCCUCCAAAACCACCCUCCCCACAUCAGCCUGCCAUUUAUGGUGGGCAAAGGUUGGAAGCGGCCCUGAGCUGCCCCCGUUUCCUGCGGUACCCUCGUCAGCAUCUGAUCAGAAGCUUGGCAGAGGCAAGGCCAGAAGAACUCACUCCCCACGUAAUGGUGCAUCUGGCUCAGCACCUGGCCCGGCACCGGUUGCGGGAACCCCAGCUUCUGGAAGCCAUUGCUCACUUCCUGGUGGUUCAGGAAGACCAGCUAAACAGCAAGGUGGUACAGAAGUUGAUCCUGCCCUUUGGGAGACUCAACUACUUGCCCCGGGAGCAGCAGUUUAUGCCCUGUCUUGAGAGGAUCUUGGCUCGGGAAGCAGGGGUGUCACCCUUGGCCACAGUCAACAUUUUGAUGUCCCUGUGCCAGCUGCAGUGCUUGCCCUUCAGAGCCCUGCAGUUGGUCUUCUCGCCCAGUUUCAUCAACCACAUCAAUGGCACCCCUCCUUCUCUGAUUGUGCGACGCUACCUCUCUCUACUCGACACGGCUGUGGAGCUUGAACUCCCAGGGUACCAAGGCCUCCGCCUUCCCCAAAGGCAGCGAGUGCCCAUCUUCCCACAGCCCCUCAUCACUGACCGUGCCCGCUGCAAAUACAGUCACAAGGACAUAGUAGCUGAGGGGCUGCGCCAGCUGCUAGGGGAAGAAAAAUACCGGCAGGACCUGACUGUACCUCCAGGCUACUGCACAGACUUUCUGCUCUGUGUGGGUAAUUCUGGUGCUGUGCUACCUGUGAGGUCGCAGGACCCCUUCCUGCCCUACCCACCUCGGUCCUGCCAAGAGGACCAGGCUAACUUUAACCCCACAACCCAAGACCCUACUCAAAGGGUGGUGCUGAUGCUGCAAGAACGCUGGCAUUUCUGCCGUGAUGGCAGGGUGCUGCUGGGCUCUCGGGCACUGAGGGAGCGGCACCUGGGCCUGAUGGGCUACCAACUCCUGCCGCUGCCAUUUGAAGAACUGGAAUCUCAGAGAGGCCUGCCCCAGCUCAAGAACUACCUGAGGCAAAAGCUUCAGGCCUUAGGCCUCCGCUGGGGACCUGAGGGGGGAUGAGGGAGUACAUAAUGGGGCUCAGGAUAAAUCCCCUAUGGGGAGGAGGGUGGACAAUUUGCACUUUGACUCCCUGUUUUUUGUUUAUUUUAUUUUAUUUUCAUUAAAAUCCCUUUCCUUUCCC